AUGUCUCAUCAAUAUCGACCAUACAUUGAUCUAUAUGUGCAGUUGAAUGUCAGGAACAAGUCUGCCGCUGGAGAGUGUUACGUUCGAACAGAAACAUGCCUGGAAGCACUAAUGGAUGCCAUAAGGGAAGACGUAUCUGCCCUCACACUCCUAGCAGAAGUAUUAUGUCUUCUAGAUAUGAUUGUUAAUUCUUUUGCCCAUACAAUAUCCACAAAGCCAGUGGAUCGAUACUCUAGACCUGAACUAACAGAUAGUGCCCCACUGGCAAUUAACCCUGGAAGGCAUCCCAUCCCAGAAAGCAUACACAGCGACUUUGUUCAUAAUAGUAUCUUCAUGUCAGAGGCAACCAACAUGUUGGUAGUUAUGGGUCCAAACAUGUAA